CCCAUCAGGCCAGGCCCCGCCCCGGCCCGUCGCCAUGUUGUUCCCUCUGUGCUGGACCAGAGCAACCGGAGUCGGACCUGGGCAGUGCAGCCGAGGUGGCCUGUCCGCCUUGUCGUCGACCGUCUCUGUUUCCUCAUUACACCUGGACGGGGCGGCUCGGAGCUCCCGGGCGUCCUUCGUGUGGCCGCGAGAAACUCCCUGCACUGCUUUGAUGAGCCUGGCAGGGUGGUGAACGCUCUCCCCGCUGGCCGUGUCCCAGUGAAUCUCCCAGCAGCCCUCGAGUUUCCCUUCUGCCUUGGCUGCCCAGAAGGAAGCUUCACAACCUUUUGUGCUGCCUUUGCCUUAGCCCAGCUUUUCCUCUGUCACAUCAGGUACCUCGCCUUCAAGCGGCGCUUCUUUUUUCCUUGUUUGUGUUAGCUUUAUUUUAUUCUCCAGAAUAUUCUAAACCACUCAGAAUGUGGGCGAAUUUUGAAGAACGAAUGAAAUACUUUACAAUUCAUUUUGACAACAUUUUACAGUUGUCUGAAUGGAAUGCUUAGAAAAGUAGUGUGAGCAAGGCCAGGUGAAAAAUUUUUUGAAAAAAUGGUGAUUAUAGUAUUUGAUUCUAGGGCUUUAUAGGCAGAGAGAGUUCAUGGACUGCUUUCUGGUGCAGUUUUCCCUUUGAAUUAAGAAUCUAGCUACUGAUAGAAGUCAGGUAUUUUUUUCACAUUUUAGUUCUGCUACUUAGUAGCAUGUUUGGCCUCCAUGUGUUUAUGUUUUUUUGCAGUUUUUCUCUUGAAAUCUUGGGUUUAUUCUUAAAAUUAUGAAAACAGAUUGAAUGUACAUUGUUAAGGUGAGCUUUUUAAUUUUUCCUUUACAGAUAAUGAUGUUUGAACUGAACAAUUAAGGUAAGAUUUAUGACCUAUGUAAUGUGCUUUUCUCAUUCAGAUUUCUUUAUAGGAUUUAGCUGAUUGCUAAAGUCAUGUUUUAACCUUGGUGAAGAUUAUUGCCUGUGGGCAGUCCUUCUAAACUGGAAUAUAAAAGACUUCAUAUUACAUUUUAAGGGUUCUGAAAUCAAAGAUCUUGAGAUUCAUCAUGGCAGGAAAAUCAUCGCUUUUUAAAGUAAUUCUCCUUGGAGAUGGUGGAGUUGGGAAGAGUUCUCUGAUGAACAGAUACGUGACUAACAAGUUUGAUACCCAGCUCUUCCAUACGAUAGGUGUGGAGUUUCUGAAUAAAGAUCUGGAAGUGGAUGGCCAUUUUGUUACCAUGCAGAUUUGGGACACGGCUGGUCAGGAGCGAUUCAGAAGCCUGAGGACGCCAUUUUACAGAGGUUCUGACUGUUGCCUGCUGACUUUUAGUGUCGAUGAUUCUCAGAGCUUCCAGAACUUGAGUAACUGGAAGAAAGAAUUCAUAUAUUAUGCGGAUGUGAAAGAGCCUGAAAGCUUUCCGUUCGUGAUUUUGGGUAACAAGAUUGACAUCAGCGAACGGCAGGUGUCUGCAGAAGAAGCUCAAGCCUGGUGCAGGGACAACGGCGACUAUCCUUACUUUGAAACAAGUGCAAAAGAUGCCACAAAUGUCGCAGCGGCCUUUGAGGAAGCAGUUCGAAGAGUGCUUGCCACCGAGGAUAGGGCGGAUCACUUGAUUCAGACAGACACCGUCAGCCUGCACCGAAAGCCCAAGCCCAGCUCCUCGUGCUGUUGAUGUGCUGUUGAUGGUUUGAGAGGGAGGCUGUCCUGCGAUCUAACCAACUCACACACGCACAGAUAAGCACACCGUGGAGAAGAGAAUUAGCGUUGCAGCAAUGAAACGUACUCCUAAAACUAAACUAACCACAUUGCUGCCUCAUGGGUGGGUGGGAGAAGGGACACAGCCACUCACAGGAGAAUCUGUUUACUCAGUAUGGCACCUUACGUUUAUCAACUGUAACGGUUGUCUAAUAAUGUUUAAUUUAAAUAUGUAAGUUACCGAACUAAUGAGAUGACCAAGACUAUAAUUAUAAUUAAAACACUUGAGGAUUCUAGAAGUUACUGUCUUUUUCCCGGGAAAUUGGAGAACUACUUUUUCUAUGUGUAUAUUUUUAUGUAAUUAGCAUUCUGUCCCUGGUUUAGGGAAAACAUGUCCUAAGCAAUAAUGUUAGAUAUUAAAGAUUAAAAUCUAAUGCAUUUGCACUGUA